GGACUUGAUGACGCAAAUUGUAGUCGACUGUCAAACAUACAGCUGACCCGCACUGACCUGAAUAUUGUACUUGUACGAUAAGUUUGCUCAUUUUAAAUACUUUCCAGUGUUUAUAAAACAGUUUAUUGGCUUUAGGGCUGUCGGUCCAAAAUGUACAAACAACUUUAUGCUACUGUUGUCUCGGAUUUGACGUUAACCCGGUGACAAACAAACGUGAGCGGUUCUUGGAAAGCUGUCGUCGGUGGUUCAGGACAAAAUGAGUCUUCCAGCUCUGCACAACACUGGCGUGCUCUACAGACGGAUCCUGUCUCAGUUUCCUCAGGAUAUCAGUCUGGCUUUCGCGUAUGGAUCAGGUGUUUUCAAACAACAGGGGACCAGCCAAGGUCAGAUGGAGGUAAGGAAGUUUCUAAAGUCUGAGAGUUACAAUAACAAGAUUUACACUUCAUAUGAUUAUUUUACAGUAACAUCAGGGUAAAUCUUAAGUAAACAGAGACUAAUAAUCCUAAAGUGAAGACUAGAUUACCCCCUUCUCAUCACAUGUAGCACAGUGACUCUCUAAUUCAUGAUUCUUGUUUGUUUUGAUCAUUUUUGUUCACAGAAAAACAUGCUGGACUUCGUGUUUGCUGUGGACGACCCAGUGACAUGGCACACCAUGAACCUCCUGCAGAAUCGCAAACACUACUCCAUCCUCAAGCUGCUGGGACCCACGAUGAUCAGCAAUGUUCAACAUGAACACGGGGCUUCAGUGUACUAUAACACACUGGUGCCGGUGGACGGGAGGGUAAAUGACUUCUGCAUCUUUAACUAGUCAAUGUGUGAAGCUAAAUUGUAUAAUUGUUAUGCCAAAACAACCUUUUCUUUUCUUUUCCUUACAGAUUAUUAAAUACGGUGUGAUAAGUACUGACGCUCUGAUAAACGACCUGAUGCACUGGAAGACCUUAUAUGUGGCAGGACGUCUACACAAACCAGUCAGUAUCAUGAGCAGCGCUCUUUAAAUUUGAGAAUCCUGUUUUAUAUUCAUUAAUCAGACUGAAUUUCUGUUCACAAACUUAGUGUUUUCCUGCAGCUUUGAAUAUACUUAAAGGGAUAUUCCGGCAUAAAAUUAAUUUAGGGUCAAACACACCAUAACACAGAGUUUGACACCUCCUAGAGAGAUGAAUGUUGCCGACCACUUGCUUCUCUAGUUAUACUAACUUUAGUAACGACCGCACCUUAGCAAUACACAGUGUUCUGAGGAGCCAUAGACAAACUUCAACCAAAACGACACUCUAUAGCCACAAAUAAUGCUCAGGACAGCACCUAACUUCAUCAACAGUACAUAUGGGGUCCCAGCCAUAGCACUAGCCACCACACAUCUUUUUAACUUUGCCCAAUUUCUUUAGCAAAGAGACUAAACACAACUCACCAACUCUCCUCCAGCAGCCGCUUGUUUGUAGUGAGACCUCAGGCCAGUCUAUUACGGACUGCUGCAGGGUGACGCAGCUCAAGGAACGACAUUUAUGAUCAUUUCUUUAUCAUUUACUUGAAGUAAUAAUCACCAUAUUAAUCAUCUUGCACUGCAGACGCUGUAGCUCUUCUGCCUUAGUGUCUUUGUCUGAUUGCAUUUCCAUAAAGUAAUGAUCAUAAAUGUUCUUCGCUGAGCUGCAUCACCCCGCUGUAGUCCGUAAUGGACUGGCCUGAGGUCUCGCCACAAACAAGCAGCUGCUGGAAGAGAGUGGGUGAGUUGUGUUUAGUCUCUUUGCUAGAGAAAUUAGGCAAAGCUAAAAAUAUGUUUGGUGGCUAGUGCUGUGGCUUGGACCCUAUAUGUACUGUUGAUGAAGUUAGGUGCUGUCCUGAGCAUUAUUUGUGGCUUUAGAGUGGUGUUUUGGUUGAGGUUUGUUGAUGGCUCCUCAGACCGAUGUGUAUUGCUAUCAUGCGAUCGUUACUAAAGUUGGUAUAAUGAGAGAAGCAAGCGGUCGGCAACAUUCAUCUUUCUAGGGGGUGUCUAACUCGGUGUUACGGUGUGUUUGACCCUAAAUUAAUUUUAUGCCAGAAUAUCCCUUUAAAAUGUGUUGAUACGAUGAAAAGUGCAACUUGCACAUCUAGAAAGAAGUGCACCUUUUAGUUUUUGCUGAAGCGUGUGUGCAUGCAUGCUUUAACGUGUUCCCAUGCAGGUGAAAAUGCUGGUGCAGAGUGAGAAUGGGAAACUCCGCGGUGCUCUGGUGGCCAACCUGAAGAGUGCUGUAACAGCCUCCUUCCUCAUGCUGCCUGAGAGCUUCACUGAGGAGGACCUCUUUCUGCAGAUAGCUGGGCUUUCUUAUGCUGGUAAGAAGCCUGCAGUACAUAAACACAAGAACUUAAAGAAACUGAAACACAUAUACAUUCAUAGUAUAACUGCAUGCUGGGAGGAAAUUAACUAUUUGCUCAUUGAUAUACACUGCGGUUUAGAUAUAAACUUACUUUUUUGCACUUUGUCUCCCAACUUAGCAGGCAAACAUGCUUCAAACUUCUUCCUGUUGUAUUCAAAACACUCCAAUAAUUAUUCAUUUUACCUUGCAUAUUUUUUUUACUGGUAGUGCAUCAUUUAAGAAGUUUUAGGUACUGUUGUGGUAUGAAAGCAUGAAUAUAAUGUAAACUACAUAGGGUACACAGGUGAUUUUGCUAGAUUUCAACUUUUUCUUUGUUCCUCUGUAGGGGAUUUCAGAAUGGUAAUCGGUGAAGAUAAAUCUAAAGUGGCGAAUAUCGUCAAAGACAACAUUCAGCACUUCCGAAUCCUGUAUAGCAACAUCCUGCGCGACUGCCCUCAAGUAGUCUACAAGCCCCAACAAGGAAAACUGGAGGUAAAACCUGGCACACACAAAUGCCCGCAAGACAAACCUUUUGUUAUCAUUUCACUUGGUAUGUUGGCAGCACAACGGAACAUUGUGUGCUGUUCCUCCUUUUCUUUUUCUUUGAACUUCUGACCCUGUGGAGCAAAACCACAGAUAUUGAUAUUGAAUUUUCUCCUGAAAUUCACUUUUUUCAUGCAUCUGAGGAUUAAAAAACAUCUACUGCAUACUCGCAGCUUUGCUGACUUAAUGUAAUGCCUCUGAAAUAAAAUAUUUAUAUGAUCCCUGAAAACUUUCCUUUUGAAAAUAAAAAAUAGAUAUAUCUGCCAUAUCUUUUUUGUAAGCAUGUAUCACAUACAGAUUGAAUAAUAAAUAUCAGAUAUUACAGAGAGUGCUAACAUUUGGUGUCUUUAGCGGUAAACAGAGUGUGGCUUCGUUGCAGUAUUUAUCACUACAGCAUGGAAAAUGUUCCCUCAUUUAACACCAUGAACACUAAAUCUGAUCUACUUUCCUCUCUAUUCGGCUUUUGCCUCUUUCAAACAUUAUAAAACUCUUGGCACUCGUCCUUUAUUUCACUGAAAUACUCAUCAGCCUGUCCUUGAAUAACAUGUUUAGUAAUUGGUCGAAAGAAACAGCCUUUUGUUUUGUGUCGCUUGUGUGUGAAUAACACAUUUUGCAGUGAACAGUGCGUUACAGACUUGUGCGCUGUGCGGCCUGCCGUUUGAAACAGAGUUGCGCCCCCUUACAUCAUGAAACACAACAGUCGAAAUCACAGGUGCAUGAACCAACUGCAGACUUAUGUGCUGCAGAUUUCUAAAGAUAAAAUAAGUCGUAUUUCUCUUAUUUUCUUUGUUAUAUGUUUGUGGUUGAUGUUUUAAAGGUUGAGUUUGGUUUAGUUCUUUUAGAAAAUUCAGUAUGUCGUAUUCAUUAAGUUAACUCAUUGUGGUUUGUGAGGAAACACUUGAUGACAUGCUGACAUUUUCUGAUAAAAAUGAUACAGGCACUAUAGAAAAUAGAGGCUCAGGCUUUUAGUUUAUUGUACUUAUAAUUUAAACAGAGAUAAAGCUUUUGAGACAUAACCAGAGUUUACUUUAUCACGCUAAUAAUAUGAACAAAUACCCUUUUUUUACUGGAGUAAGUAUAUUAUUAAAAAAUAAUAUUUACAGAUGAAACUUGUGGAUGUGAGUUUCAGUUCUGCUUCCCAUGUGUGAGUAAUGGGUUUUGGUUUGUGUGCUGGCAGGUUGACAAAAGCCCGGAGGGUCAGUUCAUCCAGUUGAUGGCGUUGCCUCGGACGCUCCAGCAGAGGAUCACAAAGCUGGUCGACCCUCCAGGGAAAAACCGAGACGUCGAGGAGAUCCUGCUGCAGGUCGCCCAGGACCCAGACUGUGGAGCUGUCGUACAGCAAGGUGAGGACCAAGGAGAAGGAAGAAAGGAGGGAGGAAAGAUCAUGAUAUUAUGAACUAGACAGUCAGCAUAUAAUCCAAAAUGAUAGAUCCAAUGACUGAAGAGAAGUAAAUAAAAAUACACAUAAUAUUAGAUCUGCAGUGCAUUACCUCUCCUUGAUUUAUCAGAACCAGACUAGUUGAGCACCAAACAGGGUCCAAAACUAAAAUGUGACUGUUUAUUUGAUGCUCCCUUUUUUAAAGUUUUUAUCUGACAAGGCAUGUCACAUUGGCAUGUUUUAAGCCGGUUUUAAGUUAGAUAUUUAAGCCCACAGUAGAUUAAAGGUUAGACUGAGCAGGAAAAGUGCUUCGAGGUAAAGGAUUAAUGGUUAAGUAAAAAAGUAAACAUUCAGCCUGUAAUUGUGAGUUCAUGAUGUGGCCUUGAGCAACAAUUAUCAUUAGGGUAUUAUAUUGCAGAGUGGUGAGAUAUGAGCUGUUUUUCCUAUGUAAAUGCCUGUUGACGCCUGUCUGUGUCCUCCCUCAGGUAUUUCAUCGAUUGUCAAGUCCUCCAGUAUAACACAGAGCAUCAAAGGCAUCGCUACAGCUGGUAGGCGCUCUUUUCUUCUUUGUUUGAGAGUUUCUGGCAGAAUCGUACAGUUUAUUUUCUCCUGUCAGAACUUGUUAGUAUAAGUUUCUCUGGUGCUUGAGAAAAAAAUGCCAUAUGGACGUGGUUAUAGGCCAAAAUACAUCCAAAAGAAGUGAGAUUGUCUUAUUUUGAUGGUUUAGCUGUUAGAUGACAAUAUUCAUUAGAACAGUGGAUGGCACCACAGCGAGUUUGCCCCUCACGCCUAAGGUCAGUUGUCAUUCACCACUGCAACUCUUGUGAUUGGAACAACAGAAGCGAGCUCAUGAUGUCUUUAUUUUGGAAAACAUUUAUGAAUGCAGCAGAGACUUUAAACAACUGCCAGACAGCCUAGAAAAUAAGGUGCAAGUCUUGGAGAUAGCACAGACAGAUAAUUGAAUAACAGAUCAAGUAAAGGUAUGCACUCUGCCAUCCCAUCAUCCAGUCAACAAACUUCAGGUUAAUUUAAUUCUUAGAUGAUACACUGCCUUAAAACAGUGGACUGAUCUCUCCAGGUAGAGAUUGAGUUUUUUUUCCCACAAAGUCAAGGAGUUCAAGUUUCUUGCAAUUUGAAACUGACAGGCAGUUUGUGUCAACGGGCACGGCACUGGCAUUGCAAAGAUUGCUGUUUGCCUGUCUAUGCUCCAGUCCUCACCUCUGGUCUUGAGCUUUGGAUAUUGACUGAAAGAAAGAGGUCAAAGAUACAACCUGAUGAAAUGAGUUUCCUCUGAAGGGUUAGUGACACCCCAGCCUAAGAAAUAGGACCUGGUGUUUGGACAUAAAGAAAAGAGCCAUUGCUCCUUUCCACUGAAAUGUCCUUUAUUACUACUUGAAGUGUUGUCACUUCAAGUGAUCCAAGAUCCAAAAUCACGUAACCUGUGUCAUUUUUAAGGGCUUUUCUUCUGCAGAGCUCCAGUAGCUCAUUAGCAAUUCGCUUAUGAGUCAUGGGCGGAGACAGCGCUGCUCUGCAAACUCGUCUUCAUGUUAGCUUGUAGCCUAACAUUGCCGUUGUAGUAGAAGUGGCAGGUAACGUAGGAACUAUUCAGCUCUCAGACACUAAUGUCUUUAGGGAUAUGAUGAAAGUUAAUGUCAUAAUUAGCUUUCUCAGGAGCAUUGCAAUCUGUGACCGUCCUCCCUACUUUCUGAGUCUGGCUGGUAUAGCGGGGCUGCAGGGGCGGAGCUUGGAUUUGUGACAUAGGAACUCUCACUGUGUCUAAGCCUUGCGUUUGGGUCUGUCAGAGAUUCACAGUGAUUUGAAUGCAGAAAUACUCAGAAAUGCAAUUUCGCACUUAUUUUUCUCGUGAUGUGUCCUGUAGUAUCAAAAAAUUGUCAUAUGAACAUGUAGACAACAAGAAAGACAUGAUUUUCAUCAGACUGGGUCUUCAAACUGACUUUUAAGCUAGCUCCUUAGUUUUAGACUUGAAAUGAGGUGAAACAUUUAGAGAUCAGUACCUAACAGUAACAGCAUUGGCCUACCAUUAGUCCAAAAGCCCACAGAUUAUCACAUUUACAUGUUCUCUCAAUAAAAAUAGAAAAAAAAGGUCUAAAUUGAGGCCCAUUGGGUGUGAGGUCUUUGUAUAGGAAGGCAGAUUUUGUCAGAGAAAGAGGCCAAUAGGCUAAGCUAAGUGGAUGUUAGAAUAUCAACAUCUAACUCACUGUAGGAGGUAAACCAGCUGUUUCUGUACAUUUAAGAACACUUGUUUUGGUGUGGCCUGAUAAAAAUUGUGCAAAUGUUUUUAAUUUAAAAAAUCCUGUAAAAGAUUGUCCGCUCUGUUUUGAAGUAAAGAUGUUUUUAGAGUGUGGUCAAACCCCUGUGUCUUCACAGCAGUGUUUAAUACAGAAACUGUUCUGUUUAUUUGAUUGACAAUGCUCUGUCUGUUCUCUGUUUUGAUUCCCUCCAGGAGUUUGGAAAACGGUUUCAUACAGCUCGAAGAAACUGAUAAAGAUGUGGAAAGGUUGGAGGAGGAAGCCGUCUGUCUCACAGAUGUCCUGAUCCUGUCUUUUUCCAUAACCAUCAUCCAGACAAUCAAUUAACAUCCUUUGAUUCUUACCCUGAAACAAACCGUGCCUGUGAAACAGUCCCACACACUCUCCCUUCUGCUUGUACCGCUGCACACUCUCUGUGAAUAACAUCAGUGACGAGGUAUGAGUCUUUGUUUGAGUAGAGUAGGACUGUGCACCGCUGCCCUUUGUCAUGCAACUCAUGAAAAGUGUUUUAAAAAAUUGUGACAUUUUACAAGCUGGACCAGAACCACAGAUGACAUUUAAUGGUGCUACACAAAGGACCUUUCUGGAUAAUGACUACAGAGACUGCAGAGGAACUGGUGAACAUGUCCGCAGGCACAGAACUAAAAUCAGUAGGAGCUCUGCAAACACAAGUUUUGCCAGAAAUAAUUAGGGAAAGACUUUUGGUGCCAUUACCAUCUGUCAUGUUUUGAAACGUGAGUGUGUCCCUGCAUUUUUAUGUGAGUCUUGCUACCUCAGUGAGAUGCUGAUGAGAACUGUGCAGGAAUUGAGCAUGAUGUUUCUGUGGUGAUACUUGUCUGGACUGGUGUUAAAUGUUGCACAAAUGCGCUUCAUAUCCCCCUCUCUUAUAUUGCCAAAGAGCUCAAACCUUACAUCUCUUUAUAUUUCACAUUAUAACUGCGUCUAUCUGUUGGUUGAAUCUCAAUAAUGCUGGAAUUCCUUAUUUAGAGGAUACAAGGAAAUGUAUGUUGUGCUUAGCAUGUCAUUUUUCACUCACUAUCUCAGCUGCUCUUAUUGAUCCUUGGAGAUCCCAGAUGGAAGAAAUGUAUUGUGGUCAUUCAGUUACGAGGGAUUGGUAAAAUAAAAAUUUAAUACAAAACAAGCUGAGUACUGUUUUUCCACAGAAUAUUUCAACCAUGCAAUAUAAAGUUGUGAUUGCACAAAUCAGUAUUUCUAGUGAUUUGUAAUUGUCACAACACACAAAAAAGGGUACACUUGUUUCUUAUACACCAUUUUUCUGACUGUAUGAAGCUAUUUUUCUAGUGUGAUUUGAGUGUUUUGUUUUAUUUAGGAUUAUCACUGUUUAAAAAAUAAAGUGAUGAUGCCUGACACCGAGCUAGUAUUACAAAAAUAUGAUAAUAAAGUAACUAAAACUGUGUGUGUGUCAGUUUUGGGGUCCUGGUAUUUCUCCUUUCUCCUGCUAUGAUGUUUUAAAAUAUCCGUUCCCGGUACAUGUUCUUGUGUAAAACAUUUGCAACUACGAAUAAUAUUUAAACACAAUUAAUUGACAAAACAUCUAGACACUGAAAUUGGCAGUGAAACAAUUAGUUUUCCUUUCAUUGCUCUUUGACUGAAAGCGAUGAAAUCAGACAGCAAACAUUUCUGUGAGGUCAGUGAUGUAAAAAAAGGUCCAUCAGCCCCUCAUUGAAUCACAGCAGUGGGUGCUGACAGAACCAAGUACUUCCUGACAGUCAUGCUCGGGUACAUGACCUCAGUUAAUGGACACAUGAAUCACCUCACAUUCAGGUAGACUUACGUAAUCCUUGCCUACAAGGAUGACUUGAAAACCAAACUCAAAGCGUACCUUUUUAGUCUUGCUUUUAACUUAAUUUUAUAUCAUUAACUGUAAGUGUUUUAGCGUUUAGUGUUAAUGACAGGGUCAUCUUUUAUUGAGCUAUUUUGGUGCUCUUAUUUUAGUAUCUUUUACUGUUGUUUUCAUUUCAUUUUAUUUAUUAUUUCUAAAAUUUCAUUCUAUGUUACUUUGUUUUUAGAUUUUAACCUAAACCUCCAGUGUUUCCUUACCUUGAGCUUUAAAGUGACGUUUCCUCAGUGCGCACAUUCUUGUUUCAAUGAAAUCAAGCCUUUUUUAAGUUUAUGAGUCAUUCUACAAUUAGGGGUACAUUUCAAGUUGGCAUAAAACUCAAAAUAUAGGUAUUCUUUUUAAUAAAUAACCUAGAUGUUUCGACAAUAUACAUCCUUAAUGUGCUAAGUCAAUUAAUUGGCAGGCUUAAGCUCAAAUGACUUAAAUUAUUUUUAUGAAAAUGAACAUUUGAUUAAUCAUUUUGUCAACUAUGUUACGGACAAAUGUAUCAUAUAAAACAUAUUAAAAAUACAUUGA